AUACAAAACAUAGACUUUAUACUGUCAAGAGAACCACAAAUAUUGCUCUCUUUUCUUAGUUUGAAGGCAAAUUUUGCUUUCUGUGUUAGUGAUACACCUGCUAAAACUCCUUAUUUGACAAAAUUAAUGUAUAUGAUCUAUACCAACUUAUGGCCUUUUCCGACCUACUGCAACUCUUAUGAGGUUUGUGCCUACGUGAAAAGAAAGAAGAGUCUUUUUCUCUUCCCUCAUCCAUUACUCUUUGCCACACUUAAUUCUCUUUUUCAAUCUCCUGACAAUAAUUGUAUCCCAUGAUCUCUCUUUUGAACUAUUUUAAUGAUUAUAAAACCGAUUUUAAUUAUUUCUUGCCCGAUAAAUGGUAGACGCAUGAGAAUAAAAGAGAUGAUGAAGAGGAAGAUAACACUGCCAUGGGGAUGGCAACACAGAUGUGGGUCUCGAAGCAGUGGGAAAAGGAUGCCCGAAUCUCAAGCAGUUGAAGGGAAAACUAGAGUGCCGAAGGGCCUAAUCGGGCAAAGGACAACAGACAGCGGGCAACCCUAUUCAUGUGCGGCUAAUUAAGCACAUACGCUGACAAAGGGGGAGAGGCGCAAAUUUAACAAGUGCGAGAGAGUUAUCACCUCACAACAAGAAUGGAUGACAGCUUCAGUGUACGGGUUGACAAGGUGUUCGGUUCUCUGACGGCGACCUCCAAUUUGACUUCUCUCUGGUCUUUAACCGACGAUGAGAUUGCCAAAAGGGAAUGGGAUAGGGAUGCCCCCUCCCGAGAGCUACUCGACUUUGAUUCCAAACCCUGCCCUCCCCACAUUGACGGCUUCUUCGCUAAAACCCUAGAUGAUGAUGAUGAAUCCGCUAUCCGCUCUGCCAUUGGUCUAGACUCCGCCCUUGACCAUGAGGAGGAGGAAGACGAGUUCGACAAAGUGGCUGUCGAUAGCGAAAAAGAGAAGCAGCAGCCUAGUGACCGCUUCUACAUGCGGGACGUCUCCGACUAUGGAAUUUCUGCAGACAUCUACGAUGAGCUUCCUCUUACUCUUCAGGACGUUAAGAGAGAUCCUCGUGCUAAUCACGAGGCCGCCAAGCUCAGGCUCAAGGAAGAUGCUGAGGCUGCCUUGAGAGAAGGUCAUUUGGCUUCCAUGCCACCUCCUCAUCCUUCCAAGACACAAGGCCACGAUGAUGCAGAGUCUCCUAAAAAACUCAAGUUGAAGGAAGAUUCUAAACUGCCCCCUCAUUCAUCCAUUCCAGAUUAUAUAAGGAAUCCGGCCAAGUAUACUUGCUAUACACUUGAUGUCUCGGAUGAUAUGGAUGAACAAUCCAAUAGAAAAGCCUACAUGGACUUUCUCAGUCUCAUGAAGAAACAAUCGCAGCUGGACGAUGAUAGCUCCACUAAUUUUCAGAAAUCACCCACAUUUAACUCGAGAAUGAAGCAGCCUGCUGGCACUAUCACCAAGCAUGGCAUUGAGGCAGAGCAAAUGCAAGUGAAAAAAACAGUUCCCCGUGGCAUUGUUGCUGUGGAAUCCGAUAAUGCUCAUGUUUCUGCCCUGGAAGAAGAUGAGUCGUCUAUUGCUGCCGACAGAGCUAGACCUGGAAGUUUGCAUAAGAGCGGCAGACGUUAUAGAACUAGGGCCAUUAUGAUGGAUACUGACGACUAAAAUGUUUGAUUUUCACUUGUGUGUAAUUCAUUUUGGAAAGUCUCUUCUCGUGUUCUGUCUUGUUCUUUUUUUGAGACUAGAGGGAGAUUUUUCCUACCAGUGAACGUUAGUACAGCAUGAGGAAGUGAAAGUGCAGAGCAAUUGGCUAUUGUUGUGAA